AUGGCCUCAUCUUCAUCCUCCUCAUUUAGCAUUCAAAUGCCGACGGACAACAAUUUUGAUCAGAACACCGCUAAGCUGCUGUUGUCUCAUUGUGGCACCCUGAUUGUGGAAAGCUUUCCGUCUGGUUCUGAGUUUGGCAUUGACUUGUCUAUUCACUACACCGGUGACAAGUUUCUCGGUAUCAAGUUAAUACCACCCGGUCUUCAUUUCAUAUACUUUAGUUUAGUAAGCAAGCAAGACAGCACCGUUGCUCCAAGAGCGGGCUUUUUUCAUUACUUUAAUCCUGGAGAUGUGCUCAUUACCAAAUGGGACGCCCAAGCAGAAGAUCUGAUUUUAUUUCGCAAUGAUACCGAGCAAAUGGACCGUCUGAGGAGCUCUUUUGCCAGCGGAAGUUUAGACAGUCAUUUAGGUGCUUAUCAGUUUGAUCAAUAUCAAACCUGGGUUUCACUUACUGACUUCAUUUCUCAAGAGCUCUUUCUCAAGCUAAAUCCCCCAUGUGGGCGAAUAUUUUCGGCGUCAUCUCUGGUGUACAAGCCUAAUGCAGAUGGAAGUGUCACUGCCAGACUUGACGAACAUGGCUUACCCGAAAUGGUCGUAGCACCUGAAUCGGCAAUUCGUUUUUUCUGCGAACCCAUUCCCAGACGAUUCCUUUACCCGAAAGACGCAACAGCUAAAGAAAUUACAUUGCAUUCACUUGAUUCCACUUACACGCUCGACACAAUACUUGCAUCGCCAUCGUAUGGAAACGUAGAAAACAAUUUACUUGGCGAGCUGCAAUUUGUCUUUAUCGCAUUUAUUCUCGGGCAUGUUUUUGACGCAUUCGAGUACUGGAGAGAUAUGCUGAGAAUUAUCUGCUCUGCCCGCCUUGCUCUCUCCACACGUCCUGAUCUCUACCUCUCCUUCAUUCGAGUGGUGCACUUUCAACUGAAGCAGACCAAUGAGGCCAUCUUUGCUGAUAUUGUCGAAAACGAAAACCAAGUUUUUCAGUUUAUGCGCACUUUUAUGCUUAAUUUAAGAAGUGCUGCAGACAAUGGCGUUAGCUUGGAGCUUCGGCGACGAGGGGAAAAGUUUGUUUCUGCACUGCAGAAGAGUAUGCGGUGGAACUUUGAUGACGAACCUGACGAUGAGUUGCCCAUGAUUGUGCCAACUACAAGUAAUUAA